CUUGCAGGUGGCGGUGGGGGCCGGCAGCAUGUGGCCGAGGCCACGAGCACCAACCAGCAGUGGGACGUGCACAAGGCCCUGGCUGUGGCUGGCGUCUUCCAUUUCCUCCACGGCGCCGGCAACGCCUGCGUGGCUCCCUUUCUGAGCCUGUACUGCCGGCAGCUGGGGCUGCCCGCCCCGCUCGUGGGCAUCGUCAUGGGCAUCAAGCACCUCGUGUCGUGCCUCUGGGCCCCACUCGCCUCCUACCUAGCCAAGAGCCGCGGCAAGAGGAAGGUGCUCAUCGCCGCCUCCCUGCUGGGCUCCGUCGGGGCCGGGUUGCUGCUCACGCUCGUCCCGCCUCUGAGCCAGGAGGCUCUGUACAGGUACUGCAACGUCAGCCACGCGUCGCCCGGUGCCACUGCCGACGUGGGCACGAGCAACGCCAGUGGCAACGCGGCCCUGGGGACCGGGGUCCAGCCCGCGGUAAGUAAGGCGGCUUUCCAAGAAUCGAUUGGUUUUACGGAUCCGCUCGAGGAAAAAAAUGGAAGAGCUGGUAAAGAUGAUAAAAGUGCGGAUCCCCACAUGAGUGGUGCCCCUGGCAUGACGGCGUCUGUACAGUUGAAACAGGUGGCACAGGAGCUUGAUACGCCCCCUUCCAGUGAAACGCGGUUUAACCAACCUGAACAAGGAACAAGCAGCCCGGGCUCUCGGUUUCUAAAGGUGAAUGAUAAUCCUGAAGAAAACUUUCCUAUGAGUGGAAGUAGCGAGCUUUCUCUGUUUCAAACAAACCCUCGCCCUGUUGUUGAGACUCCUUAUGUUUUUGAAAAUCUCUCGGGACACUGGGAAGACGCUCAGGAUGUCAACUUGGAGCUCCUGCCAGUUAACUUUCUUGACAGGAAGCACCAGGUUUUUCUCAUGGUGCUGGGUGCUGUUGUGUUUUGGGAGCUGCUGGCUGCACCCCUCGAAUGGACAGUUGAUGAUAGCCUUUAUGAAUAUCUUGACUUUGUUGAUGCAACCGACAGAUACGGGAAUCUUUGGAUUUGGAGUUAUUUGGGUGCUUCCGGAGGAGCCUGCAGUAUUUCUAUACUUGUGGAUCAGUUGAAUUGCUUCCUCAAUACUGAAGUCUCCCGUCUCGCUGUUCAUUUCUAUGGCUACGCCCUGCUGAUCACACUCACAUUGCUUGUCAGCAUCUUUUUUCCCAUACAUGUUUCUAGGAAAACGGAGCACGUGAACAAAACUGUCAAGGCACUGAACCUCAUUGGAAGUGAUGGUCGAACAAUUCUGUCAGCUGUCACAGUCUUCCUGACCGGGGUCAUUGGAUCUACGGUACAGAACUUUCUCUUCUGGCAAAUGCAGGACCAGGGCAGCACUGAAUUAUACAUGGGUCUCUCAGUGGCAAUUGGACUAAUUGCUGAAAUUUUGCUGCAUUUCUGCAAAAGCAGGUUGCUAAGGACUCUGUCAAGCAGUGGCACUGUUGCACUGAGUUUAAGUUGCCUUGCACUACAACUUCUGUACUAUUCGUUCCUGUGGAAUGCAUGGGCCGUUUUACCUAUCCAGAUUUUAUCUGCCUUCAGUAAUGGUUCUUUAUGGUGGGCAGUUAAUAUGAUGGUUGAUGAUGUAGCCACUCCUGGAACAGAAAGAGCUCUGCACAUUGUCCUCCAAGGCCUCUCCUAUGGUUGUGGAGCUAGUCUGGGAAGUUUCACAGGAGGAUUUGUUGUGAGCAAUUUUGGCCUGGCAGUUCUAUACAGGGCAUGUUGCAUAAGUUUGAUACUUUGGUUAAUCUUGUUCCUUAUCGUCCAAUCCAAGCUGCCUCGGCAGAAAAAAAUCAAUUAUUCUCGUCUCCUAGCUGCAGAUCCCAGUGAUGUGAGCGAUUCUGAUGAGGAAAGGGAAAGGGACUGGCUGGUGAAAGCUAUGAAAGAUGAGCAUUUCAGUAGGAAUUGGUAACUUUGCACUUGAUCUGUAAUGGAACAAAUUCUGAGUACAAAGAUUAAACUGCUGGACGGCAAGGAAAGAAGUACCUAGGAAUGUCUAAUAAUUUUUAAAUGAUGGAAUUAUACAGUGUACAUAUCUGCAACACAAGCUAUGUAUAAAGACCACAUUUUAUAAAUUGUUUAUUUUCUUAAGGUUAAUUUAUAGUAAAUAUUUGUAAGAAGUUUUUGUUUUUUUAACUUAAUGAUUCAAUUUCCAGAAUUUAAAAGGAAAGGAUUUUGAGAUGAAUGCUAAAAUGAAAAAGACAAAUGUGGACGUUAGCUUCUUAUCUGAAGCUUACAAAGCUGGAAUCUUAUACUUUAGCACAGUUGACUCUGUUUGUUUUUUUAAUGCUUAUGCACUAAGGCUGCCAACAGACAUGGAAAAAAAACUGCACUUUCCUGGAAGAGGCAACACAUUAGUUUGACCAGGCUCUGCAGCAUCUGUAUAGAUUACGUGCUUCAGCAGGGGGUUUUGGUACUUUUAUGUAAUAGCUGAUUCAUUCAGCUAUUAGAUGAAAGCACAAAAAAGCCCCAAUAACCACCUGAUCUCUACAGAUGUUGGGCAAACUGGAUCCAACUAGCGUGCUGCAUCUUCUGGGUGUUGGUUUUGGCAUGGGGCGCACAGAGUUUAAAGUGCCGUUUUGGGGUGUUGGGGGGUUACAUCUGUAAGCAGCCUAAUAUUAAUAAGAUGCCAUUUCAGUGAGACUCACUUUUUAUUGACCACAGACUAUUAAUGAAAGAAACACCCAACUUGUUUUAUUCUGUUUGGGACUCUAAAAUCAAUCUCACUGUAGACUGUACACUUUUGGGUUUAGGUGAUGAAGGCAAAGCUGACAAACCAUUGGGCUUCCUAUUAGUCAACCAUUUUUUAAAGUGGUGGCUGGGACUGUGCGCCAAAUAUUGGCUCCUUCCGCCCCCAAAGCUUCCUAUAGAUCUUCCUUAUAUUUAACAUUAUCUACAAAGACUGCAGGUACCCAGAAUGCAAUACCAUAUCUUGAUUUGAAUAGCCUCUGUUUGAAUCAAAAUAGAAUGCUGAAUACUGGGAACUUACAUGAUAAGAUAUUAGUUGGCCUAGCUGCUCCCACUGAAUUUGAUGGGUCUUUUGAAUUCAGGGGAAGCAGACUUAAAUUGUCAAGUUUGGUGCUCUUGACAAGUUGCCCCUUGAGAAAGUUUGGGUAACUUGUAUAUUUAAAUACACUCCACUAGCUAUAUCUUGUCCAAAUGCAUUUAUACUUCUUUGGGGUCAGUAACUCAGUUUAAAGUGUCCCCUACAUUUGUCCAGUUACCUCCAAAAGUAUGAAUUCCAACAUAUUUGAAGAUUUGACUGACUUUACCAAAAGAUUCAUGAUGGACCUUUAUAGGAUGAAUAGAUCAUGAAGUUUUAUUGUCCUUCUGGCUAAAAUGAGGCAUUUAUUGCCAGUUUAAGAAAUGCUUACUCUUCGGAGACUCUUCCUCUCUUGAAGGAUGAUAGAACUGAAUACCUAGUGGGUGGCCAGCUGAGGGGCCACUGAAAGCAAAAGGAUUAAAUAUUUAGUGCAGGUAUAUGCAAUAGAAGUAGGGCUUGUAAAAGACCUGAAAAUAGUAUGCAUUUGGCCAUGGUAAACAGUUUACCUAUUACCUUUCUAAUUUAGUAGAAAGUGGCAGGGAACCAGCAACAGGGAAGGUGGUACCAUUAAAAGGUAAUUUAUGGCUGUUACGAUUCAUCUGCAUGCCAGAUAAUUUCAAUUUUAGUUUAACUAUCUGCACUUCCUGGCAUAAAACUACUUUACCAUGAAGAAUACUCUACUAGAAUUGUUCUAUAGAUACAAUUGUUAUACUGCCAAAAACAAUUUAAGCUCUUUUUUUUUUUUUUUUGAUAGGCAAGAUAAUAUUGCCACCUUGUAGGAAUUCAAACAGAACAAGCUGAGAAGUUUUGGUGUCAAAAAAAUUGGACCCCAGCUCAAUCAAUCAUAUAAUACUUUGCCACUGAGUGGUAAUUGGUGACACUUAGCAGUUUUGGCUGAGGGUUUUUUAAUUAAAAGUAUGCAUCAGACCCCAGCACUAUUUUUUGAAGGACAGUGUCAUAGGCACCCAGAUAUAGUUUGGUAAUAACUAGGUAGGUAGGAUUUGGUCCAAAAUUGGCCCAAAUCUUAUAAUUAUAACCUGUGUCUUUAAAAUCUAGUGAAAAUACUUGGGUUUUUUUUCUAAAUCAAAGUUUGAAACCUAAGUUUUAAAUGCUGUGAAUUAGUCUGUAAGUGAAACAGAUACAGCAAGCUUGUAUUGAAGCAGAAAUUGUACUGAUUUAAGUACCUGUUAUUUUUUUUUAAUAUGUGCAACAGCAUUUUACAUAAAACGGUAUCGCAUUACAGAGUACUUUGUGCUAAUUUAGAUAGUAUAGCACCUCUUACUUUGUUUUGGGAGUGUUUAUGGGGCUGCCCAAAUUUAGCAACAUGGAUUUAACAACAUGGGAUAACAACUGAUCUCAGUAAAACGAUUCAAUUUCUAUGUGUAGACCUAGACUUUCAGAAUAAAAGAUUUUACAAACUGAGAUGAGGAAUGUUAAAAGUAAAAAGAUAAACGGUUUGAAGUGUCCAGUAAAUUGGAUAUCUAAACUAUUUUCACUUCAUCACAGACCCAGUAGCAGUAAUAGUAAAACAAGUUUGUCUACAACACAUAAUUACAGCAUAUCAGAGCAGGCUCCGGGCUUGUGUUCUGGACUUAGGUGAUAAAUUCCUGUUACUCUGGCUCAUCUCUUUCAUUCUCCAUUUCUCCUUUCUGUGCUAGGUUUUAUGUGCACUGUCCCAGCCCUAGUGAAGAGAAAUGAGGGCCUGUGUGAAGAACAGUGGGAUAUUCUGCCCCUCAGUGACUCAUGUUUUUACAGCAGCCAGCAGAUUAAACUGAGUUGUCUUUUACAUUCACUUAACACUUUCUAGUGUUUUAGCUGUGAUACCCUUUGCUGUAGCGGGUCUCCCUCACAGCUUUGGUAUUUUUUUUAACAAGUAUAAAUGUAUUAAAGCUGUGAAUACCAUUGGGACUGCAAUAAAAAUGCAGAGAAACCAAAGUGCCAUUAGGUCGUAUAAAUUGUGUCUUUUAACAAGUGAAGAAACCGAUUCAAUGUACUGAUGCAUUUCCAAGCCCAACCAUGUCAAUAACGUAGAGUUGGAUCAUUUAACAUAUGCUAAUGCCAAAAAGCAGUAGUGACAAACUUCUGCAAAAUGUUUCUCUGUUGUAUUAUUUUUUUAAUCUUAUAAGGCAGUGGGUGUGUGGAAUAAGUGACUAUAAAGCUCUGGAGCAAACUUCCACAAUUUACUUCUAGAACUAUUUUUUUUCUAUGUCAGUUGGAGAGUUGAGCUGGGUGCUUUCCUUCUUACACAUCACCAUGCUUUCUAAUCAAGCAUUUAUAUUUUUAGUGAAGGGAAUGACUGUAAUUAUGAACACUUCUGGAAUUGAUAGAUGAGAAGGAAGAGACUUCAGCCCCCAACAUAACUGUGCUGGUCCUGCGGAACUAAUAUGAGUAAAAGCAUAAACACUGCCUUUUCUGCUUAUGUCUGUAUUAGAAAGCUUGCACUAGUAUAACUAAGUCACCUUGAAUCAUUGCAGGCCCCUAAUAAAUAGUUGAAACCAAUUUAAAUUGUGCUUUAAUUGGUUUAAGUGCAUCUAUAUGAGAAGUUUGUAUUGCUUUAAUUGGAUCAGGUUUAGUGGACAGUGCCUCUGUUACCAAAAUUAGCAAAUCAAUGAAAUAAGUGCCAUUUUUACAUACUCACUUUUCUGGCCAUAACUAAACUAUAAAACGAGCAGAAUGCUGUCAUUCUGAUUCAGCUAAACCAGAAUCUGGAAUAACUGACUUCAUUAUCGCCUUUAUUUGUUUUUUAUCACUGAAACCACAGCCUUGUGCAACAUUUCCAUUGGUGUUUUAUAAAAAAUAAUGACUUGUAACUAGGACUGUGGAAAGCAGUAUGUUCAUUUUACAGUAGGACUGUGCAGACUUCCAUCCAGUUCUAGCCAUGCGAGUGGUUCACAUCCUCUUGAGUGCUGCUUGGAGUUUAAGAUUCCAGGAGAACCACUAUUUCUAAGCACAAGUUGCAUGAAACCAGCAAUCCAAUGAAAUUGCAAUUUCCUCAUACGUUCCAAAUGAUAAGAAUCAUCCUAGGUUGAACUUCUAGAGACAGAAAUAAUUUCUAAGUGUUCAUGGAAUUCAACAAAUCUUUUCACGAAGCUGAUUUCAUUGUUUAGUUAGUAAUGAAAUAUAGUCAGGUGAAUUUCUAGAGAGGAUUUUGGUGUUCGCAAUGAAUGCCUGGCCAUUCUUUCAAAUAAAUAGGUCUCAUCUAGUCCUUUUGUUAGAUAGUUCAAUUUAAUAUGUAUUUUUCCAAGAAUGUUAAGGUUACUAUUUUGACUAGCAGUAUAUGACAAACAGGAAUUUUUGCAGGUACCAAAUCUUAAAAACUGGAACGUUCCUGAAUCCAGACCUCUUUUAUGAUAGAACAUAAUGUUCAUAAUGUUUCAGGCAUUAUGUAUAUUGUCUUACUAUUGCUAAGGCUUUCCAUACAAUCCAUCUAUAAAAACGCUUGUUUGGUUUUUGGUUUUUUUGUUGUUUUUUUUUUUUUUGGGGGGGGGGGGUGUUGCUUUGUGUUUUUGAAAUCUGUACUGUCCUGGGAGUUUGGAUGAUGCAUUCUAAAUCAGAUUGCAGUUUUUGGAAUCACAGUGUUGCAGAGUCUCUUGAUAGAACCUGCUGCAACCUUUUAAAAUUGAUCCAUCCUCAGCUGUCCUUUCUCAGAGUUUUCAGCUGUGCAAACCAAUGUAGUAGGUGUUGGAACUAAUCUUGUCCAUUUGGUUCAACAUUCUAAUGAGAAGAUAAUAUUGGAGGUAUAGGAAAAGAAAAAUGACUAUUUUAUGAUCCAGCUAUUAUGGAAAUAGGCAUUUGUAUGUGAUUUGAUCAAUCAUAAGAAUUUGGUAAGUGCUCUUAUUUAUCAAAGUGGCUUUCAUUUGCAUCUGCAAUCUAAUUAGUUAAUUGGCUUUAUUUUUUACUAUUGCUAUUGACCUUGAUUGUUUUAAGCCAGGAGUGGUGAAGUUGAUGCCACAAGUGCCAUAACAGCUGCUUAUAGAAAGAGGCUCAAGCUUCCAACCAUGCAAGCAGCAUACUGGAGAGGAGGUAUCAGGUGUCACCACUAAGGACUGGGCUAACCCUUCCCUAGCCCUGCAUCUGCCACUGAAUUGUUUGUCACAGAGAACUUUGGAUCCUCGCUUGCCAUGUAGAACUGUGGUUGUGAGGCCACAGAAGGGUUAAUUUGGCUGUUGGUAGUGACACCUUUCUUGCAGCAACAUCCUCCCCCUGCUCUGCUCGGCUUUCCAGCCUCCAUUCCUGCAUCCCAAGGUGAGAAAUCUGUCAAGUAUGCCUCUGGGGAUGAGGGGCCGGAGCUGUGGUAGGAACAUAAUUUGUGGCAUGCCUGCCAAAAAGAUAACCACAACUGAUUUUUGGCAAUGAAAAAUAACUGCAUUAUUUUAUGACUUGAUGAAAAUACUUCUUGACAAAUAGAGCAGCAAGAAAACUGUUUUUCCCAAAUCAGAAUGAAAAGUCCAAUCCAGAAAAUACUUAUAUACUGAAAAUCUUUCUCCCACUCCCUCCCCCCUGGCAAAUUGGUACUGGUCCACUGAUUUUGUUUUUGUUCUUUUCUGUUUUAAUGCUUUUUAUUUAUUUAUUUACUAUAGCUAAUCUAAAUUUCUAAACAAAAAGUUACAUUGAACCUAAAAACUGGAAUGCUUUGUUUAGAAAAUGUCUUGUUUCUUUUUAACAUCCCAAACUUGUUCACACAGUUUGUGUUGAGAAACUCAAAGUUAACCUUUCACAUGGAAAGUUUCAUCGGUAGUGGUUUUAAUAUUUUCUCCUUAGACAACGAAUUAACAACGUCCUGUAGUGACAAGCAUUUAUUCUAUAGCACUUCCACAACAAUAAGAUUGCAGCUUCUCCUCAUUAAACUCCUGUAACAGCUGGUGGGGGGGGUGUAGGUUGUAACCGUGUUGGUCUAAGGACAUAGGCAGACAAGGUUCCUUGGGUGAAUCUGGUAUCUUUUAUUAGACCUCUAUAUAUAUAUAUAUAUAUAUAUAUAUAUAUAUAUAUAUAUUAGACCAACAGCUGGUAAAAUCUGAAUGUAGAAACAGAUUUUCCAGGUAGCCACCACUACCUUAUGUUGCCAGGCAACAUAUCUGUAUAUAAUGAAGGAAGCUUAAUAAUGUUAAUGGAGUUGGCAUUGAAUGGUUCAGCUAUCAAGACUAUGGAAGCACUUCAGUUCUUGUAUUUUUGUUGUGUGCCUUAGAGCUAUAUAAAGUUUCUUACUAUCUACUCAAAUUGCCUUCUAAAGAGCUCAAAUGAGUGUAUCUGUCUUAAUGUUUUUCAACCUGCUGUUUUAAUCUUUUUGUAAUUUGCUAGCACACUUCAAGUAGUAUGGAUACUAUAUUACAGCUUACUUGACUUGGGCAGGAUGUUUUUUAUAAUCCUUUAAUGUAUGUCUACUUUUCAUUAUGGAUACAUCUCUUUUUCUCUGUGCAUGGUUACUUCUGUAAAAAGCAAUAUUUUUGCUUUUAAGAACUACUCCUCUAUGACUGGAAGUGUUGAUAUUAGAAAAUCUGUUCCUGUGUAGUCUUAUAUAAAAACCCUUUGAGAACUGGAUCCAUGAAAGACUUUCAGCUUAUUCGAGGACUUAUGGAGGUUCUGCAUGGAAUUAGAACGACGGAUUUCGCCAUGUGGAUCAGUUUGAACAGGGCAUGCUGAUGGGUUCCAGUGAUUCCAAGUACAACAGUCAACGCAUUUGAAUGUAACUUUCUUUUAUUUAGACCUAUUCUUCCAGUUUGGCAAAGUGUUGUUGUUUUUUUUAAAUUUAAUGAUGACUGUAUGCAGCGGAUCAAAUUGCAUGCUUGAAUUGGAUCAUAAACCCAGCAUGUAAACUCUGAACUUGUUAGAUUACAUCCCAUAUUCUUAUUAGCAUAUAAAAUAAAAAUCUAAAACAUGUUAAAACCUCA